GAACUACACGGAUGCAGUUAAAUUGGUUAUCCAUCUUAGAGAAUCUGGGUUGAAGCCAGAGGUUUACUCUUAUCUUAUUGCAAUGACAGCUGUAGUUAAAGAGCUAAAUGAAUUUGCAAAAGCUUUACGAAAGUUGAAAGGUUAUGCAAAAUCUGGUUUGAUAGUUGAACUUGAUGCUGAAAAUGUAAGCAUCAUUGAGGAAUAUCAGUCGGGCCUUCUAGCAGAUGGAGUAUGCUUGUCCAAUUGGGUAAUUCAGGAGGGAGGUACUUCUCUUAAUGGUGUAGUUCAUGAACGGCUUCUUGCUAUGUAUAUUUGUGCUGGUCGUGGGCCAGAUGCUGAAAGGCAGUUGUGGGAAAUGAAGCUUGUAGGUAAGGAGGCUGAUGGAGAUCUUUAUGAUAUUGUUUUAGCCAUCUGUGCUUCGCAAAAGGAGACCAGCGCCGUAGCACGUUUACUUACUAGAAUAGAGGUUACAAGCUCUUUACAAAAGAAAAAAACAUUAUCUUGGUUAUUGAGAGGUUACAUCAAGGGAGGACAUUAUGAGGAGGCUGCAGAGGCACUUACUAAAAUGCUUGAUUUGGGUUUAUCUCCAGACUAUUUGGAUAGGGUGGCUGUGCUGCAGGGAGUGAGAAAAAGAAUCCAACAAUGGGGAAAUGUGGAAUCUUAUCUUAAGCUUUGCAAGCGCCUUUCUGAUGCAAAUUUGAUUGGACCUUCUCUUGUAUAUCUGUAUAUAAAGAAAUAUAAGCUCUGGAUCAUGAAAAUGCUAUGAGCGACUCCUACAGCCUUAUGAAUUUAUAGAGCAGGCAGUUAUUCAAUGGGAGUUUUGAAGUAUAAAUUUUGUAUAGAUAUGAAUGGCAUUCCGUACAUAAGUCUUUCACGUAUAUGAAUUGGGAAUACAUGUCUAAUUUUUUGUUUUUGAGGUUAUAUUAUCGCUUGUAUAGAUGGUGGAUGUUAUAAACAUAAUAAAGAAUUUCACCACUCUGUAACUAAUAUGUUGCUUAUACAGCCACCUACAGGUAUGUUCUCUUA